AUGGACGCAGAGGUGAUAUUGCCUGUAACUAUCUUAGAGUCUGAUAGACGUACGUUUAUUGACUUAUCUUUGAAGCAGUGUGUCACUCAGGAGCAGGAAUUGAGCGAUAUUGACACCGACCCCUCAUGGCUAGUCCAGCCCCAAGCAGGAAACACAGAUCGAACGACAGAUCAAACCGACGAAACACCUCAAUUCAAAUUCUUCCCAGACCUGCCCAUCGAACUCCGACUAGCGAUCUUUGAGCUCCUCCUCCCCGCGCCACGACAAUUCAAUCUCUCAAAUGCCCUCCUCCAUCUCCGUCUCAAUACUCUGAACUGGCUCAACUUCUUCAAAAAGGCUCCAGUCACGAAUUACAUAAACAGAGAGAGCAGAGAGUUCACAGCCAUGUACUACGACACACACGUGUUGACAAAAGCCCCGCGAGAUUACGCAUAUGUAUGGUUCAGUCCUCGAAGAGAUACGAUCCGACUCCACACCGCAGAGCUCUUGAAAACAAGCCCCCCAAACAGGUGUCUGGACAAGGAGAUCCUAGAAUGGAGCCGGUCAUUUGGAAACCACAUGUUCCUAAAUUCCCUCUUCUCAUGCGUCACCAAGCUAGAAUACUCACUCAUUCCCGAGGAUUUGAUAACCAAAUUUGGAGAAUGGGGCGAAGACGGAAACACUCUCAAAAAGAAGGCAACAAAGAUUGGGAAACACCUGAUUCAAAACUUGGAUCGUUACCGAUUGCUUCCUCAUCUUGAGAACCUCGAAUACAUUACCGUCGUCCUCAAUACACCACUGUUCUUUGAUCAAGAUCCAAAGUAUGGAGUAUACAUGCAUAUGCUUGAAGUGUAUGCCAUGCUAGUGUAUUUCGCUUGUUCUUUGCUGCGUAAUCGCGGUUAUCGAUAUUUUAUGCCACAGAUUGCGUACGGGGAAAGGGAGGUGGGGCCUGGAGGUCAUUUUCAUGGGGAGAUGAACAAGUGUUGGAUAUUGAAGGAUGGUUUGUUUGACGGAAAGGCUGAUACUGCUAAUACAGCGCCUGGCUUUGACUUUAAAGUACGUCAAAAAUGA